AUGACGACCGAAAUGCAAUCCUUCUACACCCCAAGUACCUCUACCCAGAAAUCCCAUGCCUCUCGAGUGGUGAACGUGAACGAGUUGAUAAUUAAGUACUCGUCUAUGACCCCCAAUGCCUCGGUUUCUUUGCGUAACCAACGGCGCAACCCGUUCCAACGCCUUGUCGAUCGUGUGCGACUCGAGUACUACCGCUAUGAAGUCACCUUCGGCUUAUACGUGAUGACCCCGAGCGAGAAAAUUGUGGCCAAUACCAUUGUCUUUGUUAUCUUGACUCUUUUGUUGUGGGCGCUCGUUCUAUAUUUCCCAUCCUUGCUCUACAACAAGCUCACCCGCCUGGUGUGGCUGUUGACUGGUCAUAGCGGGGAGGAAGUAGGUGCGGCUCUUGGGAUCCUUGACAACUACGGGAACCCCAUCACACCCACAUCCAUUGUCGAACAUGCCAUGGCCUCAUCAUAG